GCGCGUGUGUUUGUGUGUGCGCGCGUGCUGGAGGAGGGAGAACUCAGCUCUAAAUCCAGCCACGAAUCACGGAGAAUGUGCGCGAAAUGCUUCUCUGCUGUUCUCUGUAACUCCACAGGGCAGAUUCUGUAUGAUAUGACUGCACGGACGGGUUUGGGAACGUCGGAGUGACAUUGAAGAAGACGCUUUUCUGAAGACCCAAAAAACGAACCUCCCUCUCGAGCUCAUCUACAGUCAUCAUCCGUAUACAUUCUGGACCUGUUACCACUGGACUGGUACCAUUUCACCCUGUGUGGAUACUUCUCCAGACCGCAGAGGAUUCGCGCAGUUUCCAACGGACCAUAUUAUGACUCAUUUUACUUUGCUUGAAUGAGUUCUCCAUCAAUUUUAUUUGCUUUGAUUUUCGACCGUAAUACAUAUUAUAUUGUUACAUUUUUUAAUUGAUCAAAUAACAAUUAAAUAAUGACUUUUUAAUGCCCCUCCCUUCAAAUUAAAUAUUUGAAUGUGUUUAAUGAGAUGCGUAAAAUGGAAACCACUGCGCGUAAAUUCACAUCGGAUUAACUGUCUCUUCGCAUCCCGGCCACAUACCCGUGAAAAUCUAUGGAAGUAGCCGAGUUUGCUUUGAACUUGCUUUAGGCUGGGUCCGGGAGUGUUUUCUGCGGGUCGUAGUGAGGAUGCAGUCGGGGAUGCGGGCGCUCUGUGCCGGCGGAGGCGCGUCUCUCUGCUGCCUGCUCAUGCUGUGGAUGAUCUACACCCACAUCCUGAAAGAAGGUCAGUUGGCAGUAGGCACAUGUGAGAUAGUGAUGUUGAAUAGAGACAGCAGUCAACCCAAGCGCACUAUCGCCAGGCAGACAGCCCGCUGUGCCUGCCGGAGAGGACAGAUCGCUGGCACCACACGGGCCCGACCAGCAUGCGUGGACGCCCGGAUAGUGAAAAGCAAGCAGUGGUGUGAGAUGUCCCCAUGUUCAGAGGGCGAGAUCUGCGGACUGAUCUUCAAUCGCUCCGGAUGGACCUGCACCAAGGGCGGCGGCCGCAUUAAAACCGUCACGCCUCUGCCCAAGGAGCCAUCCUAAAGGACUUCGAGAUUGCCGUGAGGAGGUUUGCUGACAUUCACAGGAGCGACGCCAAACAGGAAUCAUCCAUCAGCCCCCACACAUUUGUGUCCAUCCUCUCAUCUCGGAGCUAAAGCCCAAAUCCACAUCACCCUCAAACAGGAAAUGGAACCCGUGCACCAUCAGUCAAGCGUCUCUACUGUUACAUGCAGGUCAUCGAGUCCCAGCGGCCACCAUCAUCUCACAGCAGGGGACGUGCAACCUUUCUUAGUGAAACCCUGACAUAAUUCAACCGUUUCUGUUUUGAUCUUGAGAUACAUUGGCUAGGAGAACAUUUCACUCGCUUUCCAGUUAACCAGACAGUGAAGACUGUUCGCGCAAGAUUAU